AUGGCCCGCAAGCAGCCGCUCACUACAGAGGUCGCCUCCGUGACCGACCAACUGCUCGCUGUGAGUGACUGUGCGCUUGAAAGAGCCAAACUUCUGGUCAUUUCAUCUUUUUCUGAGCAGAAAUCGCUGUUGGAAAAACUGGGAAAGGAUCUCAUGCAUCUCAUGAAUAGUCUCCCCAGUCUAAAGAAAACGGCUUCCUAUAUACAACAGAAAAAGGAUUCCGUUGGCUUGAGGGAAUUCGAACUAUCUGCAAGAUCACACUUGCAUGAUGUGCAGCAUUUGCAGGAAACUGUACAGUCUUGCGAAGUUUCUGGCAUUAGCAAUCUAGCAAUAGCAAUGCAAUUUGAUACGGUAAGUUAA